AGUUUCGCGUACCGAGGCGCAAUGUCGAGGACUCGCUUAGUCCGAUUGUAACAACAACGGCUCUAAAAAAACCACUAAAACAUAAUAAUAAAGUUUAGUGCCAGUGUAAAUUGUGAAACAGUUAUAAAGUGACUGAUCAAUUGUGCUUAUAGAUUAUACUUACGCAUAUUGUGAAUAGUAAUUACAAUUUCUCACAAAAUGUAGCUUUAUCAUAUUGGCAAGCGUUCCAAAUUUCCUGAAAAUUAGUCCUUGAUAGUGAUGGGCUAUGGUUGGGGGAAAUAACACAAGCAAUAUCGAUAAAUCCAACAAUACCACAUUAUGAAUUCCGAAAUCGAUUAGUUUUAAAAUCAAGGCGUUUAUGAAGGAUCAUGUGAAGCUACCAAAUCCAAAAAUAUAGAUAAAAAUCUAUCUAGUUACAUAGAUAACUAGAUAAUUUUAAGAAUAAUAGUAGAAGUAAAAGUCGAAGGAAAACAAACAGUUAACGUGCUAAAAACUUAAAAAUCAAAUAUUGUGUGAUACGUAAAUAGACAAAAAAUAACUGUGAUAAAAAAAAAAAAACUAUUAGUGAGUGUUGCCAUAAUGAGGAAAAAUUCCAACGCGAAACCGGAAGAGAAGGAGAAAUUGAACCCAAAUGGAUUGACCCAGAGCCGCUCCAGCCAGCAGUUCAACGUGGUGAGACGGGUGUAUCAACAGGAUGCUCUCAACAAAGACGCCGACUAUCAAGCUCCAGACAAGCCAUGGAGCUACAUGUGUAGAAGUGUGGUCAAGAGCUGCGGCUUCGGCGAGUGCAUAGUCAAUGCGUUGCCGAUCACAAAAUGGCUGCCGCGUUACAGCCCCAAGAGGUACCUGCUCAGUGACCUGGUGGCUGGUGCUACCACUGCUGUGAUGCAUAUUCCACAAGGAAUGGCAUACGCGUUACUGGCAGAGGUGCCACCCAUCGUGGGGUUGUACAUGGCCUUCUUCCCUGUACUCGUCUAUGUGAUAUUUGGAACUUCCCCCCACGUGUCUAUGGGGACGUUCGCGGUCGCUUGUCUUAUGGCAGGGAAGGUUGUAACACAACAUGCCACUAUUAAUAUGGACUUAACACUGAACAACUCUUUAGCAGAAUCAGAUACAAUAAUAGCCACAUCAAAUUCGGUGGACUACACUCCGUUACAAGUGCUCAGUAUUGUAACGAUAUCUGUGGGGAUAUUUCAGAUGUUGAUGUGGACGCUGCGCCUGGGCGCGGUGUCGACGCUACUCUCAGAGCCGCUGGUGUCGGGCUUCACCACGGCCGCGUCCUUCCACGUGCUCGCGUCGCAGCUCAAGGACUUGCUGGGCGUCAAGCUGCCCAAGACCUCUGGCAAUUACAAGAUAAUUAAGACUAUAAUAGAUAUUUGCAAGAACAUGACAAAUACGAAUCUUGCCGCUAUAUUGAUAUCCUUUAUCGCAUGCCUUGUGAUAGCACUCAACAACGAACUUCUGAAGCCGUGGGUAAGCAAGCGCAGCCGCGUGCCGGUGCCUAUAGAGUUGAUAGCGAUCGUGGUAGGCACGCUGGUGUCUCAGUUGGCGGGACUCAACGCUCUGUACGGUAUCAGCUUGGUGGGCAACAUCCCUACGGGUUUACCAAUCCCGCAAGUGCCUCCGGUGGAGCUGUUCCCAGAUAUCGCAGUAGACGCGUUCACAAUCACGAUGGUCACGUACACAAUAACUAUGUCAAUGGCGCUCAUAUUCGCUGCCAAGGAGAAAUACGAGAUUGACGCUAACCAGGAACUGUUGGCUUUGGGUGCCAGUAACGUCUUCGGUUCAUUCUUUACCUGCGCUCCUCUCUGCGCGAGUCUUUCAAGAUCUUACAUACAAUAUCAAGCAGGAGCGAAAACGGGCGUUACAUCGCUAGUAAGUGCGCUAUUGAUCCUAUGCGUGUUGUUGUGGAUCGGACCUUUCUUCGAGGAUCUGCCGCGGUGCGUGCUGGCGAGCAUCAUUGUGGUGUCACUUAAAGGGAUGUUUAUGCAAGUUACUGACCUGCCCAAAUUUUGGAAGCUGAGCAAACUAGACGCCGUUGUCUGGUUGGUUACCUUCAUCAUGACUGCGUUCGUUAAUAUCGACAUUGGGUUGGCAGCAGGGCUGGUGGCGAGCGUUGGAGCCCUAUUCUGUCGGUCGCAGAAGCCCUACACUUGUCUUUUAGGCAGAGUACUGAAUACUGACCUAUAUUUAGACACAAAGAGGUAUCGCGCGGCGGAAGAGUUGCCAGGAAUAAAAAUCUUCCAUUACUGUGGUGGUUUAAAUUUCGCCACUAAGAACCUGUUCAGAGAGACGUUGUUCAGGAAGAUUGGUUACCAGAGGACGGCCGUGGUCCAGGAGACCGAUGAGGACAACAAUCUGGCCAAGAGCGAGUCGUCCGAGUGGCAGCCUAGUAGAAAUUCGGUAAAAUGCGUGAUAAUCGACGCGACAGCGCUGUCGUACGUGGACGCGCCGGGCAUCAAGAGUCUGGUCGCAGUGCAAAAGGAGCUAGUGGCCAGCAACAUUACAGUGUUGCUCGCCGGAGCUAACGGCCCAGUACUGGAAAUGAUAGACAAAUACAACUCGCUAGAGUCUGACAGACUGCAGCUGGACACGUUCCCUACGGUUCACGACGCAGUAGUGUAUUACAAAGUGCUGGAGUCGAAACGACAGAGAACCACAUCUGUAAAUAUAGCGUGACGAACAUUUUGAGAGCCAUUGGGUUAGCAACCAUGUUGAAAUGUUUUUAUUUCUUUUUUUCAUUUCAAAUUUAGAAUUUGAAGACAGAUGAAAGAUUUUUUAUUUUUAUUUUUCUAUCUGUAUAAUAAGGUUCUUAUUACAAGAAAUCUGUGUAUAUUUUAAAAUUCUAAGAUAAAAAAAUAUAUAUUUUUAAACGGCGGUAUAAUUGAUAUACCUACAUACAUAAUGAUAUUAUUUAAAAUACAUAUUUUUUUACAUGUUUUAAUGUGACUCUAGAAAUCAACAGUGCUUCGAUUGUAACAAAACGCUUUAUUUGCAUUCCGAUAUAUGAUUUGAUUUCACGGAGUUUAUUUUUUUCAAUACUGGAUGAUCGCGAACAUUCCUCAAAGAAUGUUACAUAUUAAAUUAUUAUUUGGUUGUGAAUUCAUAUUUAAUCUAAUGAAUAACAGUGACAAAAAUACGCUGUUUUUGUCACUGUUAUUUAUUAUUUAUGUAAAUUUUGCUUAGGUACUUAAAAAGUUGGGUAGGUACUUUAUAAAUUUGAUAAUAUUAACUGUGUCAAAAGUAUAAAAUAUGUACCCGUAUAUAAAAUCUUUUACCGUGGGUGUAUGUUAAAUAUGGACAAAACAUUCUUGUCACGCGGUCCGACUUCCUUUGUCCUACCAAUCAGAUGACAUCAACAUUUUUCCUGUUAGUUCGAUUCGUUUGUUAGAUCACGUCGUAAGAUGGCAAUUUUGGUAGGUAUUUUAUGUAAUGCCGGCUCCACACUGUCGUCGAACAGUUCGCCAAACUUUGGCGGAUUCGGUAUACAUUGCUGCUUUAUCACUGCGGUAAAUAAAUCUAAUUAAAUAAAUAAACACACAUGCAUUCUCGUCGGCAUGUGUCCGAAUUCGGCGACAGUGUCGAGCUGGCAUAAGGUGUAAAGUAGAUUACAGCCAGAUACCGAUUACAAUAUUUACAAAUAAAUAAUGCUUACAUAGAUACUUAAUACAGCAUCGUGAGUUUUUACGAGAACAUCAAAAUGUAUACCUGUUAUGGAAAAGAAAUAUUCCAUUUUUCAUUCGAUAGAGGCGCUGCUUUCCGUAUUUAUAACUUUUAAGCCCUGUGUAUUUGUAUGUACGUGGCUUCGUAGCAGCCGAAACGGCUGAACGGAUAUCGACUUUUUUUAAAGCUAGAUAUAAUUAAAUCGCAAAUGUGUGUUCAGCGUUUUUGAAACAAAUUCGGCUCUUUUAGAAAUAGAAUUUUUUUUUUUCUAUCUGAUGACAUGAUGCGAACAAUAUCGGUGAACUUUCAAACAUUUUUGAUGUAAUUUUUGUUAACGUAAUUUGUAUACGUUCUUGUGAAAAUCUCAUGCUAAGAUAAGCUAACCUCGUCGUAAAAAUUUCGUAGUCAAGUACUGCUAUUAUUUCUUCUUCUAAUUUCUCUUUCUAAUUGACUAACUGACUUAUUAAAUUGGCUAAAAAACUUCGUUGAUUUAUAUAUGUAUAUUAUAUUCCAAAUAAUAGCAUUUAAAUAAUUAUAAUGCUAUAAAGCAACAGACUACGAAAUGUUAAUUUUGCUAUGAGCAAAAGAAGUAAUGUACUUAUUAUAUAUAAAUUAUUUAUAAUGAGGCUAGUGAUAAUUUUUAUAUUUGAAUACAUAUACAUAUAUUUUUAAAAAGUUACAGUCUUGUCAAGAAAAUUAAAAUGUAUUUAAAACGAACUAAAUUAUUUUGCAAUUGCAACACAAAAUAAUGAUCAAGAUUGUUUGGUAAACACCAAGUGUUGUUGGAGACAGCGCGUCCUCUAUAUUCAUCAUUUGGUUUAUGUAAUUGGUUCAAAAUGAAUUAAGAGUCUCCAUUAGUUACUAUUAACUUUCGCACUAGUUAAUUUGUGCACUAGAAGGCAUGUAAGAUUAUUUUUCUAAAUUGUUAGUACUUUUUGUAAAGAUAUAUUUAUGUGUGGCAGUGGCACUGUGAGGUCACAAAAUUAAUUUAAGGGCGAGUCAAAUACUGACACAUACUAUUCUUGGGGGCCAAAAAUUUUUAAAAACAAACUGUUUUUUUUUUUGUUACUAUAAAAUGACUGAAACAGUUAUUUAUAUAAAAUGAGGAAUUGUUUUUCGUAUUUGCUUUAGAAAUUUUUGGAAAGCAUUUAUUCGAAGCCUAAAUGUAGACAUGUACAUAUAAUCUAGAUCACUAAAUAAAUUGAGCAAUGCAAUCCAAUGUUUGGAUUUAUAUUGGUGACAGGUGAUUGUUGUAUCGUGUAAUGAAUUUGCCGUUAAAAUAAUUUUGUCAUACCUUUUUAUUUUGAAAUGUACUUGUAAUGUAGCGAAUUUAUUUAGUAUUGAACUGUACAAUGAUAGUGUCAUAUAUUUAGAUUUAUAAGAAUAUUGUGAUAUUUUGUACCUUAUAUGAAGUGUACUUAGAUAAAACAAUAAAUAUCGAAUAUUUUACAAUAA